CACAGUGAUACGACGCCCUAAUCAUUCGAGACAUGAGACAUGAUGCAAUGUGAUGCAGUUGACUAUCACUCUAGUAGGAAGCACAAGCUCAUCACGAAGGGGAAACAACAGUCAAACAUGGCAAUGAUUAUCGAAGUCCUCUCGCUAACAGAGGUCCUGAAUUUAUAUAAAUCCUCGCCGCUCACCAGAACCUCCCUCGAACAUCCAACAAUCGAGCUUCCUCAAGCCAAUUCUCAAGCAUUCCAAUCUCAGCCUUGCAACUCGUCUUCAAACAAAACCAAGCCAAAUCUUCCACCAUGCGUUUCACUGCUCUCAUCGCAGCCACCAUGGCUCUAGCAGGCUCUGCCGCAGCACAGUGCCCGGCUGGUGCCACUGCCAAUUGCAAGCCAGGCUUCAACUAUUGCACCUCGACGCUGAAUAAACUAGGCGACGCCGACUCGGCCAUCCGCGAAGCACUGAGAGCUGCGGGCUACAGUAGUAUAAAAGUUAAGAAUGCUGGCUUGUGGGACGACCUCGUUUUCCAUUGCAAUGAUGACCAUACACUUAAACUGGAGAAUCAGUGCGAUUUUGGGUCCCGGUGUGCGGAUGGUGGUGUGGGCCAGAAUGAUUACUGCAAGAAAUCAGAGCUCGGUGGUAUAUUCGGACGGUGAAUCCGUUCAGUUUGUGUCUGGUUCGUCCUACGGCUAUAACUGAAGGGUUUCAAUCGAGGGUGUGAGGAUACUGCAAUAGUCGAAGAGGCAUUAAAGGGAAGGGGAAAGGGACAAUAGUGAGACACUUGUACGUUCGUUUGCCUUGCUAGGAAUGGAAGCCAUGCAUCAUUUCAAACUUGGACACUCUUACUUGUUGGGUUUUACAGUUGUACAAUUGAUGUGAAGCUCGUUCUCUCAGAAGUCGCAAGCAAACUAAUUCUCUAAUAACAAUCACAAU